UGCCCAAAUAUUGUCCGAACGCAGCAAUAUGAGUAACAGAGACGCAUGUUAGGGGAAAACACUAGAACUAAAUGGGAAUUGUCUUGUUUCAACGUAAAAAGCGUUCACAGCUGUAGAAGAAGCAGGCUGACGCACAUCAUUUUGAAAGAUUGAUUGCUUUUGUUCUGUUAGGAAGGGUGAGGAGCAUCCUGGUGGACCUCGGGAUUCCUCUGAAGAUGGAAGAAGAGCGCAGUCGGAAUAAAGAGCGUCUGGAGGCCAGUUUGACGUGGCUGUGUGAACUGGAGAUAUUGAAGCAGCGGCAGGAGAGUCUGGUCCUCGGCGCCCUGUCGCUCGGGGACUCUGUGCCGGGAUACCCGGCUUGGGGUGAUGUUGGUCCGGCCCGCAGCAGCAGAGAGCAGGAGCAGCUCACUUUAAGACGACAGCUGAAUCGACUCCAGGGCGCCCCCAGCCUGCUGAUGCUGGCACUGCAACAGCAGCUCAGUGAGUUGAGAUUGGAUACAGGACUCACAUGUGAGCAGAAUACAGAGGAUUUGGACAGUCCCAGUGCAUCAAGCUCAGGGUUUUAUGAGCAAAGUGAAUGUCUGUCUCCCCCACUGCGUUCCUGUUCCUCCCCAAACCUCAGGCCCAGAUCUGUGGAUGCCUACAUGCUGGACUGGGAGGGUCAUAUGGAGCCCACAGUACAUGCCACUCUGCCCCGCUCAUUUUCUGCUCCGUACCCCCCACUGGAGGGUAUUGCCGAGGGAAUAGAGGAGGAAGAAGAAGAUGAAGAAAGCCCUCACUGGGUUACAGAUCAGAUAGCUGAUGGGAAUGAAAGCCUUGCACCUGAGAUGAGCCUCAAUUCUGAUGCUGAGGAAGAUCCUGCGGUGAAAAUAGAUGAUGGCCCGACAGAAGAGGACAUCCAGCAGGCUAUGCGUGUGGAGACAUACAUCCUAGGGCUCCUACAGCGACGACACCUCAGAUCUACAGCAGAUCUCAACUCUGAUCCCGAUCAGUGGCAUGUCUUACACACAUACCCACCUACUUAUCCACAACUUGACCAAUCGGAAUGGCAAGAAUGGGCAACCCUUUCAGAGGAAGAGAAUGAGCAUGAAUCCCAGGAUAGAUAUUACGUGAACCUUCCCAAUGCCCAAACUGGACCGACUUCACUAAGCAGUGAGGAACCAGAAUCCUCUUUAGAAAUGGAUCAGUAUGCAGUUGAAGAAGUCUACGCCAGCAGCAGCGAUUCCCCUCGGCAUCAACCCGUUUACAUCAAACGCCGUCCCACAAUGUCAGACACCAUGAAACCCCACGUUCACACCUGCUGUAAUCAUACCUGCGUACCUGCGUCAUCAACUCCAGAGUCCCGUGAGCAACACCAGCCCAUUCCAUCUCAAAAGUGGGCUCUUCUUCGGUCACUAGCAAGAAGGAGUCCAGAGGAAAAGUGGACAACUCCAAGAGAGACACAAACCAAGUCGACCAUCCGCUCUAGGUCAGAGGACAGUUGCGUCUCUCAAGGAUGGGCAGCCCAAUCAGAGCACAAAUAUUACACGGUGGGACGGGACAUGGGCAGGCAACACAGUGAUGAAUUUUACCCAUCCGGUCAGCGGCUGUGGUGCUCCUCGGCAGAUCUCAGUCAAGAAGAGGAUGAGGGAAUAUUCAGAGAAGACCUGCACGAAUUCAGACUAUAUCAAUUACCCGCCAAACGCACUAGUGUUCACUUUGUGGAGCAGGACCAGAGGGUGCAAGAGCGGUCAGAGGCCGCUAUUGCACCGACCGAUGGAUCCGACUCCAGUCUGAGCGAAACUGUCUCUCCACGAACGAGUUCAGUGUCCAGUGACUCAGAUGAGAGCGGAGGGCUGGUAUGGCCUCAGCAACUGCCCCCUCGCUUGCCCCCGUCCCCCUCUUCUUCUUCGCAGAAUCCCUCCAAUGUCGUGGUCAAGAUUAAAGCCUCCCAUGCUCUCAAAAAGAAGAUCAUGCGAUUUCGUUCAGGCUCGCUUAAACUCAUGACCACUGUAUGAGUCUGGCCAUGAACAACUGUGCUUAUUUCAACUUUGAAACUCUUUUGAAACUACUUCUUAAGUCGUGACGUAUUGAAUACUGUUUUCGGGUCCAAGCCGAAUACUAUCUAACAUUCCUUUAUGAGCACUCAUUUAUAACACACCUUUAAAGAUCCAGUGAAGUGCUUUGAAGCGUGCAGCAUUAUUCUAUAUGUCUACAUAAUUUCAGUUGAAACAUGAAGACGGGGCGGGACAAUAUCAAGCAGCCACGCCCACUUUUUAAAAUAGCCAGUAGCGUUUUGUUUAUAUUACAGCUUGGGCCAGAGUCGUUGAACUCAAUAAAGUCGCAUUUGAUAGCGUUUUACAGCCACAAUCUCAUCCAUAUUGCUAUAAAAUACAGUGGGGGGAAAAUUAUUUGAUCCCCUGCUGAUUUUGUGCAUUUGCCCAUUGGGAUUAAGGUGUGCAGACUGGCUAGGCCACUCCAGGACCUUAAUGUUCUUCUUUUUAAGACACUCCUUUGUUGCCUUGGCCGUGUGUUUUGGGGUACGUACUGGGGUACCCAUCCACGACCCAUUUUUAAUGAGGGAAGGAGGUUCCCACCCUAGAUUUGAUGACACAUAGCCCCGAAGUGCAGGGAGAUGUCAUCAAAUUGUUAAUCCAUAUUGGCGGAAGUUGUAGACUGUAGGUUUUAAAUGCUUAUAUCUUCUAAAUGCAAAUUGUGUUGUUGCUUUGGAGCACACUAGCUUAUGCAUAAACUUAAGGCUAACAUAUUCAUACUGAAAAGCCAAAAAAAAAUCAAUUUUGAUUGCAGGGGGACAUUAAGCUGAGCUUUUCAAAACUCUUGGUGUACAGUAUAGUCUCUGGCCUCACAAUGUUUCAGACACCAAUAUUUUGAUGAUUUCGAACAAAUGUGUUCAGUAUCGAGAUGAGGUUUUGAUCAUGUUUGCUUUUGUGAUCUGACAGAGCAUUUGGACUCGGAAACUGACAUGUCGUCAAACUUUGUCAAUCAGAUUUAAAAGUCCAUACCCAGUUGUUUCCAGUUGCAUCUUUUUUCUUGAUUUUCACCUCUGUGAUUAUUUUAUUAAUAAAAGAUUUGAUGAGACACGACCACAAGAUGCUAAACAAACCCACUGGCCCACCAAAUCUGUUACAAGAUUAUACAGUUCUGGAUUUAUUAGGACUACUGUAUGUCUUUAUUGAAUAAUACAUCCAAAUGAACAUUCUGUUAUCAUUUGCUCACCCUCAUGUCAUUCCAAACCUGUACGACAUUCUUUAUUUUGUGGAGCACAUUGUGUUUUGUCCAUACAACUAUGUCCAAAGUCAAUGAUUACUAAAACUGUUUGGUCAACAACACUUUUCAGCAUAUUUGUUCUGCAUUAGUAGUGUAAGAACUAGUGAAAGAAUUUAUAUUUUGGGGUGAACUAUCCCUUUAAGAAGGACUGUGGGUCUGUAAUGUUUAUAAAUCACUUUCUUCAGCUUCAGAUUCUAAGGCAACACUAUAGCUGUAGCGUUUAGCAUUUCCCCUACUGGAUAAAGCCAUUUUAAGUUCAUUGUUCUUUUAAAUAUUAUGACAAGUCAAGGAAAUAGAGGGAAGAGGCAAUGUGAGAAGAAAGAGUUCAACAGGAUCAGGAAAGGACCUUGAGUCAGGACUUGAACUCAGGUCGUUUUAACACUAUGCUGCUAAUGAUAAUGUCACAUUGUCCACUGUUUAAAGCAAAACGGGAAUACUUUGGCUGGGAAUAUUUGAUCUCUUAACAAGUAAACAUGACUUACUGGUGACUCGGAGCAAUCUGUAGCAUGACGGAAGGAAUGCAUUCACCUGGAAUUGAUUUUCAUUAUCUUAGCAUUUUAAAGAGAACAGUUUUCAUGACUCAUCUCAGACACACACACACAACAGGAUGUUAAGCUAAUGGAAGCAUCCUUAUCAGUACUAUAUACCAUUUUGCCUGCCAUGUCUCAGGUGUUGCCUCUAGUUUGCACAUACGUUAUCCAUUCAUAAGAAUGAAGGCAGCUUGAUGCAUAUUUUGUAGCAUGUUUGUUAAAAUGCAUAUGUAGUGUACCGCAAUUUUUUUCCUUUAUUUUAGAGAUUUUUCAUGUAGCUUUUGAAAAUGUUUCUGCUCAUUGCAUGUUGUUAAUAAACUCUUUUUCA